AUGCUUCGCAGUCGUAGCCUCGUAUCGACCCUCCUGCUAGCUUUCGCGGCGUUCGGAGUCCACGCACAGACGAAUGAGGAUUCGUCUUACACUCCGAAUUAUGUCACUCUUUCCUCGCCUUCCUGGCCGUCCGCCGCUUCGUGGAACGCACUGAACUCUUCUGUUGGCGGCAAGUUGUCUGCCCUGAGACCUUGGACCGCUGUGUGCUAUGCCUCCGACCCUCUAUUCGACGAGAGUUCCUGCCAGACUGUAUUGUCCAACUACAGCUCUGACACCACUCGCGAAGCCCACGCCGCGGCGCUUCUAUGGGAUAAUUGGGAGACUUGUGGCUACGGUGACGGCUGCGGUCUGGACGUAUUGGAUCCCAAGAUCGUGUACAACAGGACGUGCGAACAGGGUUCCAUCCCGCCUUACAGCGUUCAGGUAUCAAACGCGCAGGAGAUUAGCGCGGUCGUCAACUGGGCCGUGCAAAAUAAGGUUAAGACAACCGUGAAGAAUACGGGACACGAUUUUUUGGGGCGUAGCACCGCGCCGUCCACGUUGCAAGUCUGGACGCACUCGAUGGAUUCCAUCACGUACGAUGCUGCGUUCGUACCGCAGGGGUCUUCUUCUUCACCUGUUCCUGCGGUCACCAUCGCUGCGGGUGCGCAAGUCGAGAAUAUAUAUGCCUUCCUUGAAGCGAACAACAUCUCAGCCGUCCUGGGAGGCUGUUUGACGGUCGGUGCCGCUGGCGGAUUUGUGCAGGGUGGAGGCCACGGCCCAAUGUCCCCGGCUUAUGGACUUGCGGCCGACAACGUGUUACAAGUUGAGAUUGUCACGGCGGAUGGCACUAUCCGUACGAUCAACGUAGUCCAAAACUCCGAUCUGUUCUGGGCGCUCCGCGGUGGCGGCGCAGGGACCUACGGGAUUGUCACCUCCGUUACCCUUGCAGCGCACCCGCCCACGACUGUCUCGACGUCGCUCCUGACAGUCACCCCGGACCCUUCGCUGAACGCAUCUGAGCUCGCCAUCGGCUGGAUCAACCUCACCGCGCAGUACGCCAACGAGUGGAAUGAAAACGGUCUCGCGAUGACGAGCGUCGUCUCAUCCACCCGUUAUUACCUCAACCUGUACUGGCCCUCCGAUUCCGCCCCGCUCUCCAUGCUCUACCCCUUCUUCGAAGCCGUUCUUUCUAACUCAACCUACACCAUCGACUCCAACACGACCGCCGAUGCCGCCUUCUCCUCCUUCACAGCCGCAGUGAUCCAAUCGAUUGACCCCCUCUUCGAUGCUUUCAACAUCUAUGGUACAAACUCGCACAUGGCGUCGCGCCUGGUUCCGUACACGUACUUGAGCAGUUCGAGCAGCUCGGGGCAGGUGGCGCAGGCGAUCUGGGAAGGGCAUCAAGUGCUGAACGGGCCGCUUACAGGCGGCGCAGCCGGAACGCCAGGCGAAGUGCCUGUUGUGAUUCUGGGCGACAUGCCCGCAGCGACGCGGGGCCAAUCGGAUGCGACAGGUGCGAACCCAGGGCUGUAUGAGGCGACGUGGCAUACGGUUUACGCAAGCGUGUGGUUCUCUGCGGCGACUGAGGCUACAAUGGAGGCCGUCGUCGACGCUACCCAUGCGGCGACGGGCCCCCUGACGAAGCUCGGGAUCACGACGUCGUACCAGAACGAAGGCGACGCGUAUGAAACCGAUUGGCAAAACGCGUUCUUCGGCUCGAAAUAUGAGAAGUUGCUCUCCAUCAAGCAAAGGUACGAUCCUUCGAACUUUUUCAACACUUGGCAGGGUGUUGGCUCCGUCGAUAGUCUGGACGCGUGGCAGUGUUUCCACGCGGCCGCACCAGAGUCUUAG